GAGUUCUUUGUGAUGCUACAACGUUUGAGUCGCCCGUCCAGUUGAGCCUUGCAUUUCUUUGGGGACGUAAGGUCAAGAAGUGAUUAGUUAGUGCAAAAUUGGUGCAGAGCGAGACUUGAAUAGAACCAACAAAGAAGAUGUAUGGGAAUAGCUAGCAAACGUACAGUAGAUCAAAAGAAAUUUCCUUCGGUUCUCGUUUUAUAUAUUUUUAUUUAAUAUACAUUUCAUAUAACACAUCAAGUAGUAUCUAGGAAAACUUUGUCUCAUCGGCGCUUCUAGGAAUUAUUCUUGUUUAUUGGAAACUUCGGUUGAAGUUGUGAGCGAGGGAUCAUGGGGAAAUUAACAGGAAAAAAGUGCCGACUGCUGUCGAUGUUAUGGCUGACGACGUUGUUUUUCUUCGUCGAGAUCAUCGUAGGGUAUUUGACUAAUUCCAUGGCUUUGGUUGCUGACAGUUUCCACAUGCUCAGCGAUGUUGCUGCUUUAGUCGUAGCCUUUUUAUCGGUUAAGAUGUCUCCAAAGAAAUGGUCAAAAAAUACAUUCGGCUGGGCUCGAGCGGAGGUGUUAGGUGCAUUGGUGAAUGCCGUAUUUUUAGUGGCCCUAUGCUUCUCGAUAACAGUGGAAGCUUUUAAAAGGUUCAUAGAGUUUGAGGAAAUCCACGAUCCGCAGUUACUCGUCGUUGUGGGGGUGAUAGGCUUGCUAGUGAACGUUAUUGGAUUGUUUCUGUUUCACGAUCAUGGUUCUGCCCAUGGACAUUCUCACUCACAUGGUCUGUCGAGGAGCAGAAAUCGCCUGACACAGCUGGCAGUGACCGACGAUAACGAGAACGACGAAACAUUUCCAAGUCCGCCACCGCAACCUUCCACAGCCAAAUCCAGCCAUGGACACGGUCAUAGUCACGGAGGGAGCAGCGCAGCUGGCGAAAUGAAUAUGCGUGGCGUGUUCCUGCACGUGCUUUCAGACGCUUUGGGAUCGGUCAUCGUUAUCAUUUCGGCUGUCGUCUUUUGGCUGACCGAUUGGGAAUAUAAAUUUUACAUUGACCCAGCCCUGAGCAUCCUCCUUGUGAUCCUUAUUCUAAAUUCGGUGUGGCCUUUGUUGCGGGACUCCGCUUUGAUAUUACUGCAGACGGUGCCAACUCACAUCCAGGUCGACGCCAUCCAGAGGCGUCUCCUCUCCAAAGUUGAUGGGGUUUUGGCAAUUCACGAGUUCCAUAUUUGGCAACUGGCUGGAAACAGGAUCAUCGCAUCUGCGCACAUUAGAUGUAGGAACCUAUCGGAAUAUAUGAAAAUAGCCGAGAAGGUGAAGGAAUUCUUCCACAAUGAGGGAAUCCACUCCACAACGAUCCAACCCGAAUUCAUAGAUUUCACCGAUUGCCGUGAGAAUCCGGAGGAGAACGAGCAGAGCGAGAAUUGCGUUCUUGAUUGCCCGAAGACCAGCAGCGAUACGUGCGUCUUGAACACAUGCUGCGGCCCAUCGAAACAGGGGAAAGAAUCGCCGACACACGAAGAUUCGAUGUACUUGUGUAGACAGCGGAGUAGUGCGAGUUUAAGCUCCCGAAACCUGGAGACGAGCGACGUAGAGAAGGGCUCUCUACUGAAUAUCGGAGGUGCUUCUUCGCACAAGAGCGAAUCUACCUGCAACCCGAAAUGUAUGAGCGUCAAUCUCGAACACGACUGUGAUUGAUUGUGACAGAAACGUGCGAAUGACUAUAAAUUAUUAACCUAAAGUUAAACGAAGCGAACGGACUACAUAAUAGGAAAGGCUACCAAUUUCAGUGCUGCCUUUUUGGCCGCUGCUUUCAUCGGUUCUCAAACAGUUUUCAUGCGGAACAAAAUGCAAAACUAUGUUUUUGUAUUUAAAAAAAGUCUAUUUAUUAUUAAUAACAUAAAUA